AUGGAUUUGAAUCAAAGCGGAGGUUAUUUCGUGAGUCAGUUCGACCCCAACACAGGGGGCGGCGGACCGGGCGGUGGGGGCGGAGGCGGCGGUGGUUCGGGCGGCGCGAGCGGUGACCGCAAGAAUCUGGUGUCGGUUUCGUUGUCACAAGUGAUUCAUUUGACCACAAAAGACGACGGUUUGGUUCUUCACCGCCAAAAGAUCCACUCAUUGGUGGCCAUCGGACUCGUGGUCAACAUCGAGGAGUUGACCACUAAAAACAUUUACCGCAUCGACGAUCACACCAGAGGUGCGCCCAUCGAAGUGCAGUACUGGAAGAAUGAGGACAUCGACGCGUCAAACAGUCGAUACGUGUGUCCGCCGCCAGUCAUGGAGAAGACAUACGUGCGAGUCAUCGGUCAGUCCCGCUAUGACGACAAUAAGCCAUUCAUCGUCGCCUUCAGAGUGGAGCCAAUCCUCGAUCCGAAUGAGAUUUAUCUGCAUUUCCUGGAAGUGAUCGCCGAUUCAAUUGUUCUCCAGAAACGCAAAAUCCAAAGCCUUUCGCAUUCGGGCGCUUCGGAAGCGAUGGACACUCGAGCGGCGCACUCGACCCCCGGUCUGGGCGGCGGCGGAGGAGGCGGUGGUAAUCAUCUGCAGGGCUUCAGUAAUGUGCAGAAGACAAUCCUCAAUAUGAUUAAACAGAGCGAUGAGUCGAGUGCUGGCGUUCAUCGUUCAGCGAUCAUUGGAUCCAUUCCUGGCGUCAGCUCUCACGAGAUCUCGACAGCUAUUAAUUUUCUGGCAAAUGAGGGCCACAUCUUCAGUACCACCGAUGAGGACACCUUCAAGUCGACAGAUCAGCCAUAACUUGAUUUAACUCUUCAGUUCAUUUUGUAAUAAACGGUACAAUUAUUUUAUGAUUCAAUACUAAUUUUGUAUAAAAAUAUCCGAUUCUUUGAAUUAAACGAUUGUUUUCUCAAUUAUUUGUAAAUUUUGUCAUUAAAACAGUGUUUUAUUUGAAAA